GUGAACGUGACCUGUCCUUUCUGCUUUAUUUACCGAAGAGUACCGACCUUUACGAUUUCCUACGGCGCGACAGAAUGGUGCAGUUGGAGCCCAACAUCACGUUGGUUCUGAAGUACCUAGCUAGCUGUGGAGCCGUAAUUCCAGCUGAACAGCAGGCUGCCCUGGACCAUUCUAUACCUAUUAAACGAAUUGAAGCUGGUCUUAAAAGCUUGGUGCUUUGGGGGCGGAUCACCGCGCUUAAUGGCAAGGACUACCUGGUCGCGGAAGGUUGCAACAUGGCAACAAGUAAGGAUGGCAUGGCUGUCUACGAGACGAAGUACUUUUACAGCCAGGACGGGGCGCGGUGGAGCGACUUGCAGCCCGUAGACGCGGAGACGGCCAUCCGAUGUGCGCGGAUUAAGGGGCAGCUGAGCGGCGAUGCUGCAAAGAACUACGAGCUGGAGGAGAAGGACCCGAACGCUCCGGAGCCCUCCCCUGAUGCGGACGAGGAGCCCAAGCCGCUUGUAUUUCAAAUUCCAGAGCUGUCGGUGCUGCGUUUCCGGGUUGACCAGAUCACAGCGGCCACGUCCGUGAUUCCAACGAACUCCACCAUCGUGAACGCCGCCUCCCAGGUGGUGCCCAACCGCCUGUUCGCCGGCUGCCCCUACCCCGAGAAGCUCGAGUCCUACCAGCACCGCUCCGCAGCGCCCGGCUCGGGGGCCACGCUGGCACAGGACCUGCGGGGCACAUGGUGCGUACACUACGACGCAUUCAAGGGGGUGGCGCAGGUGCGCUCCCUGCUGUGGCCCGGCUACUUCUUCUACUACGCAGCCAACGAGCUGACGUGGGGCUCGCUGUACGUGGGGGACGGCUGCCGCAACAACGACCUCAUCUUCAUGCUGUGAGGCGGGGGCCGCCGUCGCAACAGGAGCGAACCGCUGGCGGCGGUGGCAGCAUAGCGGCCACUGGCAGCAGCAACAGCGGCAGCGUGACUAGGGGGCGGGGCGGGGCGCGCAUGGAUAACGGGGUGCGAGGAUCGUCUAGUGAGGCUGGGAAGGAGCCGCGGUUUAGGCGGACGGAGGCGUGUGGAACGUGGCUUUAGAGGGGUGCCAAGAGGUACGUACAUAGGGUGCAAAAGGAUCACGGUGUUGGGUAGCAGAUGAGGCGUUGCAGUGGGGCAGAUAACCUAGAUGUUGGGUGAGGGGCAUCCAUCCACCUGUUUACAUUACUUGAGCGUUGAGCGCUGGCCCAGAAGGGCUCUUGUACUUUGCAGCGGUGGUGCGGGCGAGAAAGUGACGGGCAGUCAACUGCCAGAAACACGUGUGGCACGGCUUUACAGACUCUUAUCACAGUGACAGCGCACGUGCGCGCAUGUAAAUGUCAUCUAUGGCCGUCAGCUUA